AUGGCGACAGAAAACGUCCUCCCCCAAGACACCCCCGCCCUGUCAACUAUCGAAGCCGCUAAGCGCGCAGCGGCCUUCAAAGCCGUCGAGGACCACUUCGAUCCCUCCUACCGCUACAUCGGAAUCGGCUCCGGCAGCACCGUAGUCUACGUCGUCGAGGCAAUCGCUGCUCAGGGUCGCGCCAUAACCAACAACAUGAUCUUCGUGCCAACAGGCGACCAGUCCAAGCAGAUCAUCAUAGAGGCCGGGCUUCCGCUCGGGAGCAUCGAUUCGCUACCACCCGUGCACGAGAACCCGCCCGCAAUCAGCGAGGCAUCGUCGAAGCUGCUUGCGGUUGGGGAGCAGGACCUCGCGCUGAAAGGGAUGCGCCAGAGUCUGGACGUUGCUUUCGAUGGUGCGGACGAGAUUGACGAGGAGCUGAACUGCAUUAAAGGUGGCGGCGCUUGUUUGUUCCAGGAGAAAUUGGUAGCGACGAGCGCGAAGAAGUUUGUUUGCGUUGCUGAUUACCGCAAGCUACAGCCCCGCCUACUCACAGCCUGGAAGGCCAUCCCGAUCGAGAUCGCGCCUAUGUCCGCGCCAGUCAUCAAGCGCAUGCUCAUCACCCUCGGCUCACCCGACCCACGCAUCCGACAAGGUGGCUCUGCAAAGGCAGGGCCCGUCGUUACGGACAACGGGAUGUGGAUUAUCGACGCACCCUUCCCCGCGCUGAAGCUUACGAAGGACCUCGCAGAGGGCGAUCAGGGUGAUGGCACGAAGGGGACGUGGGAGGUGCAUGCUUUGGGAAGGAGGCUAAAGAGGAUUGUGGGCGUGUUGGACGUUGGUCUUUUCCACGGCCGGAAUGGGAUUCAGGUUGCGAAUUCGGGAGAGGAGGGAGGGGGACAAAAGCCUGUUGCGGCGUACUUUGGGAUGGCGGAUGGAGGAGUUGAGGUCAGGGUCGCUCAGGAGAUCGAAGGCGUCAGGUCAAAGCCAUAG